CGUGAUUCAAGACGAUACCGUCAUCAAACCGGCAUGUAACUUGUAUCGUCUUGUUCAUGAUAGGACAUUUAACUCGUGCUCUCGAAUAAAGUGACAAAAUGGCUCAUGCGUUUAAAAACUGUUCAAACCUUAUGGUCACCGGUGCCAAUCGAGGCCUCGGGCUGCAGAUAGUUGAGACUCUGGCAACGGGAGGAUUCUCUCCCGGGAAGAUUAUCGCAACUGCUCGCAAUCCAGAUGGAGCCAAGGAAUUGCAAAAGUUGGCCGGAGAGCAUCAAAACAUACACAUUAUUAAACUGGAUGUUACAAGUCAGGAGAGUAUAGAGAGUGCUGCGUCUGAGGUGGAACAGCUUGUUCAGAAGGAGGGUCUCAACUGUCUCAUCAACAAUGCUGGAAUUAAUGUAGUUGCCAACCUUGAGACAGUCACUGCAGAUAAGAUGUUGGAAAACUUUCAUACCAACUCUGUUGCUCCGUUGAUGAUCACCAAGGCCGUGCUCCCACUGCUGAAGCGAGCAGCUGCAAAGGGAACGGGGAUGGGCAUCCACAGAGCAGCAGUCAUCAAUAUGACGUCCCUACUGGGUUCAGUCGAGCUUUACUGGGGUGAUCGUGCCAACAGUUUCAAAUGGUACCCAUACAGAACAUCAAAGAGUGCACUAAAUAUGGUCACCAGAUGCUUGGCAGUAGACCUGGAGGCAGAUGGGAUCUUGUGUAUGGCUCUGCAUCCAGGCUGGGUUCGCACUGAUAUGGGUGGACCUGACGCACCACUGAGUCCUGAGGAAAGUAUUUCCUGUGUGUUGUCUGUGAUCGGUGGUUUGACUGAAAAGGAUCAUGGGUCAUUUCUUCACUACACUGGUGAACAACUACCCUGGUGAUGCUGCAGAUGGUUUUUAGAUACAAGCAAUAGACACUUUAUUUUGCUUUGUUAUAUGUAUAUAUGUACUAUAUGUGCAGUCAAAAGUUUACAUACACCUUACAGAAACAAGGAAUCACACGAUGCAUUAAGAGCCGGGGGGUGAAAACAUUUGAAGAUCAGGGUAAACUUAUUUUGUCCUCUGGGGAACAUAUCUUCUGUUGCUUUCAGAAGGGCAGCACUAAAUGGAAAAAAAUAUGAUAUUUAGGCAAAAUAAGAAAAAUGUACACAUCCUCAUUCCAUUCAAAAGUUUACACCCCUGGCUCUUAAUGCAUUGUGAUUCCUUCUGAAGCAUUAGUGAGCGUUUGAACCUUCUGUAAAAUUUGCAUAUAUUAUUUCCCUUGGUGCACUAUAUGCAAACAUCUUUUAUGUGAAAUAUUUUAUUCAGGUCAGUACUAAAUAAAAAAAAUAGCUUGCAUUUUAUAUGAUCCCUCUUGUUUUGGUAAAAUAAUUAACGUUUUGCAGAUUCUGCAAGUUGUAUGUAAACUUUUGACCUCAUCUGUAUGUACAAUGUGUAUUUACAUAUUAAAAAGCAACAUUCUAGUUCAGGGUUUUUCUUUUCCUAUUUAUGAAAUGUAUGUUAAUAUUUGGGAUGGUGAAUGUUACAGCAGUCAGAAUGUUACAGCAUGCCUAGAAAAUAAUGAAAAACUUUAAACCACUUUUUCUUGUUUAACCACAACAAACAGCCACAAUUCUGAAUGUUAUUCACAAUUUAAGCUAUCUUUAUGAAUUACAGCAGGGCAUGGACAUGAAAAACUACCUUUCAUCCUAUGUAUCAUAUAUUUUUGUAGAGUUGUAGAAUGCUUUAUAUAGUAAAGGUUGUGUUGACAUUAAAUGAGUUUGCUAUUAUUGUUAACACCAAAUCAAAAAACUGUAUAUGUAUGAAUAAAGCUGUGUUUAGUAACA